AUGACGCCCGAUGCCUAUCGUCCACGAGAUUCAUCCAUCGAGUUCGCUGCAGAUAUAGAUCUUCUUGCCGGUCUUUGGCAAGAAGCGCCGUUCGCUCGCUUACCGUCUGACGCACCGCCUGAAGUCAAAGCCGCUGUGCAGAACGUCGAGAACCCGGCGCGCGUUUAUGCAAUCCACCAAGCCAGCCGCCGCCAUGGGUUCCAGCUUCUUGUUGAGAGAUACAUUCAUCAACUGCGAUCUGGCUGUGAUAACGUGAACUGUGCAACCCCUACAUGUUUUACCUGUCGCCGCCGUUUAGCUGGCAAGGCACCCGUCCGAAAAUACAACACGACAAGUGCGAGGACAUUAGCUAUAUAUUUGGCGAGUCAAGACGAUCCCGAGAAAGACCUAUGCUCGUUCCUUCGCAAAAGUCCAGAGCCAUCAGCGGCGCUCAACAACCUUAUAUUUUCAGCGCGAUCCCCCACACAACCACACCCCGAUGACAAGAGAACAAACGCUAUCACGUCACCAGGCGCGCGGAAGAAUCGAGUCUCUAGGCCACGCCUAUCCUCUUCAUCAUCUCAGGACUCCAUUCCUACAGCCAGACAUGCGCCGCAUUCGAGCGGCGGUUCAACUUCCCAUGUUCAAGUAAUGGAGGGGCCUGUGAACAAAGACCAUCGCUCCUUCGCUGCAAACCUUUUCGGGACUGUAACUUUCAAAAUGCUUGAAUGGUUGACACCUAAAAGCAUGGCGGCCAUGUCAGACAAGCUCGGCAACUUUGAAGUCUCUGACUUGAAGACACCAAUGAUGGACCUGGAUACGUUGCAGGAGUCGUCCAGUUUGACGAGCACGAGCACUGAUUUGGAAACUCAAAAGAUACUGCCGCACAAACCGAAUGCGCCGAAGCCAACAAAUAUGCCUAAUCAGUCACAAGACAUUGAUUGGGACGAGUGUCCCUUUCCUACAAUGUCCCCUAAAAGUAGGCACGACUCGAUACAUAAGUCGCAAAAUAAUGCAUCGGCCAAAACCCGCAAACACUCGAUUGAUACAAGCGACCCCGUGAAAGGGGAGGACGGUACCAAGGCUGUCAAACUUCCUCAGAUCAACGGCCAUUUACGGGACAAAUCAUUACGAACCAAAAACAGUAAGCACGUGACUGUAUCGACCAUGUCGGCAAUACCGACGAAACGAGAAUACUUCGAGAGUACACCAAAACCUCCCAGUGACCCAACGCUGCCGAGUCUACCCCUGGCCUCACAGGCCAACGCGGCCGACCUGCAUGAUAAUCAGAGUAAAGGUUGUGAUGAGGAGGACAUCGUUUCCCCAGAAUCAAAUCAUAGCGAAGUAGAGUUCAAGGCUGUCCCACCCCAAAGCUGUGACAGCAUUUUGCCUCAAGCUCUCACGAAGCUUGACGUCGAUCUUGUCAACUUCAUUUGCGAUGUAUAUGAGGAAGACGAUAUGUCGGGAUCAUGUCACGUCUCAACGUACAAGACGAAUUACCCGUAUCCCCAACCUGUCGAUGAGCGAAAGAGUCUGCGUCGCCAUUCUAUGCUGCAUACCACCAGAUCCAGGGAGCAGUGGUUACGUUUCAAUGAGCAGGCACUUUUUUAUGUUCUGACAGAUCCACAAUCUGUAGUGCUAUCGUUUACACAGGAGCAUAAGCUCUAUGACUCGCAAACUUUAUGGUACUGUUUCCAUCGGUUGUGUCGCGUCACUUCGAAUCUGGUCUUUCACAGUCUUUGGUUGGCUGCUGCACGUCUAUUCAUACCUCCACAGGACUUGAAGUCAAGCAGUUUCUCAAAGCGGAUGAACGGGCGUAAACCUCAGAAAAGGGUAGAGGCUCUCCCUGAUUUAGAAGCGGGCUAUUUGAUGUCCAUUUGCAUGCAUGCACUUGUUGCUGCAACGCCAGUGGUGGGAGACUCUAGAACACUAUACGAGUUGUCGCGAGUUCGUUCUAAUGGACUAACACUAGCAGGCGGUAGCGCUAUAUCACGGCAACCGUCUUCUCGAUGUUUGGAUUAUGACGAUGCCUUUUCAAACGAGGUGGCUGCUAGGCUGGCACGUCGGCUGUUUUGCGCGAUAACGGCCAGGCGUUGCUUCGCUGACAGAGCACACCCAGCUGGGCGAUUGGAAGGCCUGAACGACUGCGAUAUUUUACAACCUUUGGUGAAUCAACUCGACUUCCUCAGUACAGGUUCAGCAUCAAUACUCGAAUUCCCACGGGACGAGCGUCUCCUGCACGAGACUCGCGUUCCCACUGUUCUCCUGGAUUGGGCACGCACUGUACUGUUGAACGAAUGGGACGGCCGGGCUCACUUCGUUAUGGAUGGACCUUUUGGAGGAGCAUUAUCAUUCAUCGAAACCCUGCAUCGGUCCAGGAACCUCUUACUAUUGGGUGACGUUCAGUUCCGAGUUGACUACCUCUCAGAACGACUAGAUUUCAUCGAAAUGCCUGUGGAAUGGUUGUCUUUCAAAUCAACACGAUGGCGACGACAUAUACUCGAUUACCCCUAUAUUUUCAGCCCUGAGACGUUAGUCUCCUUCUUCCGAUCCAUCAACUUUGCUCGGAUGAGUCGCAUGUUUGAAGAGUCGAGUUCACUUAAAACACGGAUGAGUGCCAUAGUCGACCCUGGAAGUCUCAUUACCAAUCCACAUCAUAAAAUGGUUUUGCAAGAUCUUCUGAGAACGGCGUCUUCGAAGUAUCUGGUCUUGGAAGUAGGCAGAGAAAAUGUCGCCAGAGACGCAUUUGACCAACUUUGGAGGCGUGAAAGAAGAGAGCUUCUACGGCCACUCAAGGUCCAUUUAGGGGAGAACAGUGGCGAGGAGGGAUUUGACUCUGGAGGUGUCCAGCAAGAGUUUUUUCGUUUGGCCAUCGCGGAAUGUUUGGAUCCUGGAUUUGGGGCCUUCACCGUUGAUGAAAGGACACGCAUGGCUUGGUUCGCUCCAGGUUCAUUGACCGAAGACUGGAAAUACGAACUUGUCGGACUUUUGAUGUCACUCGCGUUAUACAACGGCUUGACACUACCGGUUACGUUUCCGAGGGCUCUUUAUCGGAAGUUGCUGGGUAAUCCUGUUGAAGAGCUUCAUCACAUCGCUGAUGGGUGGCCAGAUUUAGCGAGUGGGUUGACGACCUUGCUGGAGUGGGAUGAAAAGAAUGGUCUCAUCGAAGAUAUCUUUGCCCGUACAUAUGAAUUCUCGGUAUCUUCAUUGGGGACGAUUGUUACGCGCGAGAUGAGGGCGGAUGGAAGUACGGUGUGGCCAAACGCAGCCUCCAGCUCAACAGAUAUCGAGCCACCACACAUGAACAACUCUGAUGACGCACCGCUUGUCAGUAACGACAACCGGGAUGACUACGUCAUAGACUACAUCCGCUACCUAACGGACGCUUCUAUUCGACGCCAGUAUCUCGCUUUCGAGCGCGGAUUUGCUUCGUGCUUGGACAAGAAGUCCUUGUCACUUCUAUGUCCAUCUACCUUGCAGUCGCUAGUCGAAGGAGUACAGGAAAUCGACAUCGGCGAACUCAAACGUUACGCUCGUUACGUAGGGUGGGAUACUUCUCAUCGUACCAUCAAGGACUUUUGGUCUAUUGUUAAGAGGUACGACGAGGGCAUGAAGCAGAGACUACUUGAGUUCGUGACGUCGUCUGACCGCGUUCCCGUUGGUGGCAUGAAGAACUUGCAGUUCGUCAUACAAAAGAACGGCGAAGAAGACGGCACUGGUGGGCAUUUGCCUACGGCCUAUACUUGUUAUGGAACAUUACUUUUACCAGAAUACAGAGAUAAAGAGGUGUUAAGGGAGCGUCUUGGGAUGGCAUUACAAAAUGCCCAGGGCUUUGGUUUCGCCUAA